AUGACAACUGCACCGGACGGACAUUUACAGCAGGUGGUUGUGACUAAGGCAACACAACAGCCGCAGCUGCUUAGCCUUAGUAAGGCCAACUUAAAAAAGCUGCAAGGCAAUGUGCCUCCGCUAUUAGGACAAAAAGAAAAAUUCUGGUCUCCAACGCCCCCGCCCAAAAAAGACAGCUCAAAGGCGUCAACCACCGUAACGGGCCAUUUAGAGAGCGGUCCUUAUCAGAGGGAAGCACAACCACCGCUGAAGCGUGAAUGCGAAGAGCAGCAGCAGCAACACCUGCAGCAGCAACAGCAUCCACAGAUGUCACCGCGACCGGUGGGCGUAUCGCCAGCGAAGCCACCGCCACAGAGCAGUCAGGGACAACAACAGCAGCAACAGGUAAACGCUCAGCAGCAAUACAUGGGGACCACUGUGCUGCCCAUAGUUAGCAUUGAUCUCAGCGGCGACAUGCCGUCCACCUCGGCUGCUGCAGCAGCCCGUGACGCCAAUGGCAUUGUUGGCGCUGCUUCUCAGACAGGAGCCUCUGCCAAGGCCACCCUGGCCGCCCUGGGCUUCACCUUGCCGGCGGGCACUGCACUCCGCACCUGUUGGCGCCCGGCGCCCACAAAGUCCUCACAAGGAUGCCAGCCCAGCCAGCACAGCAUACAGGGAAUGGGAGCCAGUUCCAAGGUGCCGCCCAGUGUCGGUGUGGUUCCUACACCGGUAAACACUCUCCAGGCACUCGAACAAAUGGUAAUGACCACCCAGGCGCAUGGCCUGCCACCGAUGGCUUAUCUUUCGCCGUACAGGAUUCCUGUUGUGGGUCCCAGGAUGCCAGCCUCACCAUCACCACAGCAGCAGCAGCAUCACCAGCAUAUGGCGGCCAUGCAGCAGCAACAGGCACAGGUGAUGGAUUUUUUGAAUUUUGGCCUAUGGGCGCACCCACUGUGCAAUGGCAUUGUUGGCGCUGCUUCUCAGACAGGAGCCUCUGCCAAGGCCACCCUGGCCGCCCUGGGCUUCACCUUGCCGGCGGGCACUGCACUCCGCACCUGUUGGCGCCCGGCGCCCACAAAGUCCUCACAAGGAUGCCAGCCCAGCCAGCACAGCAUACAGGGAAUGGGAGCCAGUUCCAAGGUGCCGCCCAGUGUCGGUGUGGUUCCUACACCGGUAAACACUCUCCAGGCACUCGAACAAAUGGUAAUGACCACCCAGGCGCAUGGCCUGCCACCGAUGGACUAUCCUUCGCCGUACAGGAUUCCUGUUGUGGGUCCCAGGAUGCCAGCCUCACCAUCACCACAGCAGCAGCAGCAUCACCAGCAUAUGGCGGCCAUGCAGCAGCAACAGGCACAGGUGGUUAGCCUUACUAAGGCAAACCUAAAAAAGCUGCAAGUCAAUGUGCCUCCGCUGUUAGGGCAAAAAAGAAAAUGUUGGUCUCCAACGCCCCCGCCCAAGAAAGACUCCUCAAAGCCAUCAACAACCAUAACGGGCCAUUUAGAGAGGUACAUGGCCCAUGUGGUUGAUUAG